AUGGGCCACUUUGGCGGCGGUGGCGGUGGCGCUGGCUUUGGCAUGUCAGCUGGCAAAUUGCUCACAAACAAUAACACCAAUGGCAGCGGGGUCGCUGGCGCAGGCGGUGGUGGUGGUGCGGGCGCAAGCGGCAGCAAAUCAGCGUCCCAUGCAACAACGGAUGCCGAUGUGUUUGCGAUGCCCAGCGGCACGAUAAUACCGCUGAUUCGCAGUCGCGAUGUGGCCAAACAAUUACCAACGCUUGCAGCUGCAUUGCAGCGUCCCGCCGACGAUCAUUUGGCUGCCGAGGAUUUGGAUGCAGUGCAGCUGGAGCUGGAGUUGAUGCUCUCCAAUGUGGCAUUGCGUGCACGUGUACUUAAGGCCGAAUACGAUAGCCUGGACAAGGAUGAGAAGCGUCAGGAUCGUCGCAAGUUGGAGCGUGUACCGCCUGGUUCACCGCCCAUCAAUCAAGCCAUGCUCAAUGGCAUUCUGGGCAUGGGCAGUGCGGCCACUGGCGGCGGCAGUGGCAGCGGUGUCGGCAGUCCGGCCACCGCAUCCGGCAACUCCAAGCGUAAACUGCGCGAUGAGCCGACGGGCGUGCGCAAGAAGCACUCAUCCAUGACGAUAUUAAAGCAACAGCAGCAGCUCCAGGGAGCGGUAUCCAAGCAGAUGAGCAAGAACAGUCCGCAUACGGAUGAUAGCAUGGAUUAUGUGCCAACACUGCCCAACAUGCAACAGCACCAGCAGCAGCAACAACAACAGCAGCAGCAGCAGCAACAACAACUAACACACACACAACAGCAACUGCCAAAAGUGAGCAUGCCCAAGAAUGAUAUGCCCAACAAGUUUUGGCUAUCGAUUGAGCCAUAUUGCAUGCCACUGACCAACGAGGAUCUGCGACUGAUUGACGAUCUGCUGGAGCAGUAUCGUGGCCCCUUGGUGCCGCCAAUACCACAGCUGGGUCCGCAUUACUCCACCGUCUGGGCGCAGGAGGAUAUGAAGACUCUGCAGCCGGGUGGAGCACGUCAGAAGUCACUGAAUGCGACGGCAAUGCUGAAGAAGGCCGACGGGAUGCUGGAGGAGAGCAUAACGGGGCCGCUGACCCAGCGUCUGGUCUCGGCGCUGCUGGACGAAUCGCUGCCCAGCGAACAGGCGGCGGUUGGGGAUCACAGCAACAGCAGCAGCAACGAGAACACACACUCCUCCUCCAGCAAUGCAGUCGGCAAUGCAGCCGUCGGCUCGGCCAACUUUCGUUCGCUGUCGAUGCUCAAGCAUGGCGUUGGCAUUGAGCAGCGACUGAAAAAGGAGCUCAUCGACAGCGGACUGAUCGAUGCCAGCGAACUGGCCGCCCACGAGGAUGUCGAUGAGGUGCUGCUCGAGAUCAAGCGCGUCACAUCGGAGAUCAGCAGUGUGGCGCAGUUCAACAGCGAGGAACUGAAGCGUCUGCGUGCCGCCGCCAGCGAGGAGAUCAAACGCAUUGAACUCAAGCGUAAGCUGGACACCAUCGAUCAGGAGAUACUUGAGUGCUACAAGCGCAUGCUGCAGUAUCGGGCCAAGCGCAAGGGACACACCAACGAGGAGAAACAGGAGAUACUGCGCUUAACCACCGAACAGCGUGCUCUUGCCGAGCAACUGGAGCGCAUGCAGCUAAUGGGUAAUCUCGAUAACAAAUUGUAGGACAGGAGCUUGGCCUGGAGCUGGCGUCAACUAAUGGCGCUGCAUCGGGCGACGCUCCUCCUGCAGCAGUGGGAGCGUCACAGCGUUUGGAACGAUAUCAAUUUGCAAUUGCAAUGUGUAUAAACAACUAAAUCAUAACUUAACUCGCCAGUUUGUACAUUAGCAGAGCGGAGCGUAUAUGGCAAUUACAAACCACAACCACACACAUUCACCACCACCAUCACUAACAUCACCAUCACCACCACCAUCACCACCACCACAUACCUACACUCUCUCUAUACAUAACAUUAAUUUAAAUUCAUAUAUAUAUAUAUACAUACUUUAUAUAUAUAUAUAUAUGCACAUAUAUGUAUAUAAUUCAUACAUACAAUUUUUAUAUAGCCUAAGUUAUUGUGCCAGGCAAUAAUAAAGUUGUCGCUGUCACCCAGAAACGAAUCC